GAAGCCACAGCCCGAGGACACCUCCGUACUGCUGGACAGUCCUGUAGUAAAGUCGAAGAGAAGGACAAACUUCAGUGUGUCUCCAGUUCUGCUGUGUGUCGUUGCCCUCACAGUCGGGGCCUCCAUUAUGGGCUGGUUCUGCAUGCAGCAGCAGUACAGCAUUGACCAGCUGUCAGAGUCUUUCACCACAAUGCAGCAAAGGGUCACAAACUUCCAGAAAGUGGUGGGGGCACAGCCCGACGAACUGGCUGACAUGUCUGUGGAGGAGAGGAUUUUCGCCCUGGAGGAGUCUCAAAAACAGGCUCAGGAGAAAGCCGAGGCCGCCCUGGCCACAUCAGAAAAGGUCAAGCACUCUGACCUCUUCUCGCAGCUUGCGGCGCUCCAGGCAGAGAUAAACACCCAGUGGGAUGAAAUGAAAGGGGCUGCUUCGUCUGUCACAACUCUCCAGCGCAUUUUAGAGAACAAGAGCGAGGAGCUGGAGGUCAUGAAGGAGAGAGUAUCGUCCGCACUGAGCUCCAGCUCCGCGCUGUCUGAAACCAUGGAUGGGCUGGCCAGUGCGUGCUCGCGGGUCGCUGAGCAGGUUGCAUCAGUAGAUGCUCUGAACACACAGGUAGAGGCACAGGCCUCCGAGCUGAAAGACCUGAAGGAUCUGCUGUAUCUUCACAGUGUUGCACUUCAGGCACACAAUAAGGAGAUGGCUAAAAUGAAAGAGGUUGUUAAGGCUCGGCAGGUCAUGCGCGCUCAGGCUUUGGAAGAGAUGCUGAGUUUAGUCCGGACGACUCUCGACGAGCAGUUCUUCACAUCACAGAACCUGCACAGCAGCGUUUUGGCUCAGCUGCAGACAUUUCAGUCUCAGCUGGCAAGUGAAGCAUCAUGGCCAGUCACACACAAGGCAGAUGAGGAGAACCUUCCGCCUGAGGAGCUGAGCUCUCCGACCUCGAACGGUGACCCCGAGGAGCGGGAAGCGCCGGAGGGUGUUCAGGACCAAGAAGAACAGGACAACACCGACGAUGAAGCAGAAGACCGAGCAGAGGAGGAGAUGACAGAGGAUCAGCCGAUGGAGCUGGAAGCUGAUGAUGUCGCAGAAGAAGAAGAAGAAGAAGAAGAAGAAGAAGAAGAAGAAGAAGAAGAAGACGAAGAAGACGAAGAAGACGAAGAAGACGAAGAAGACGAAGAAGAGGAAACGUCACCGGAAGAGGAACUGGAAGAGGAGGCUGAGGAACGGCACAGUGAUGAGGAAGCAGAAGACACAACAACAGGACAUGUUUUGGAUGAGUCUUUUGAAGAAGAGGUACCUGAAGAAGUUGUGUAUGAUUCAGAGUCCAUAGAAGAAGUAGAGGAAGAAGAAGAAGAAGAGUCUGAACUGGAUAUGCAGCCUUCAGAUGAACUCGAUGAUGAUAGCCUGCUGUGAUACUUGAAUAGAUUGAACACCUCUAAAUCGUCAUAGUCUGUCACGAUGCAUGUGUAAUACGUGUAAUUCUGACUGAAAAGUCUUAUGAAGAUUCUUGGGAACCAUUUUAAUGAGCAGCACUUCUUCUGUAAAUAGCUGCAAAUUAUUUGAUACAUUUGUUUUAUUCCACACUGACAUGCAAGGCCAUGUCAGGCCACUUAUCAAUCACUGAAAAAGAUGAUUUUCCUGCUUCUUUUCGUCUGUGUGGCACCACUGGUAAUCUACACAGUCCAAUUUCAAUCAGGAUUUUAAGUUUUGUAUUCAACAACCCGUAAUGGACCCCUACUGAAUCAUUUGAAAUGUUGGAAUUACACGAAACCCAGUUCCUACAGGAGGUGUGGCGACUGCUUUUUUUAAGCAAAAUAUGUGUUAGUCCAAAUAUUUGAAUAAUAAUUAGAAAAAGCAAGUGGUUGUAGGAUGUAAUGUUCAUGUAAUGAUCAUGUUUCUAUGAAAUAAUCCCACCUGCUUUUAUACUUCUGAAAUAUGAAACCAUAAAAAAAAUGUGUCUGAGUUAAAAAUAUAACAGUAAAGAGAUAUUUUGGGGAAUGACGUCACAAGAGUUGAAAAUGACAAUUGUGUACUUUAGCACAAAGUAAAAAAAAAAUAAGAUCAACGUGACUUGUAAUUUAACACAAGUACACGUGUGUCUUCGUGUCCCUGUCAAGUUAAAUAUGGCACCAGUGCACAUGCUGUACAUUUGAGUCAGGCAUGAGUCCCCCAGUACAUACUGUACAGAUCUU